GAGCCAGCCCUUCCCAUCCCAGACUGUGUGUCUCCCUCUCUCGGCUCUGCACACACAGGGAGAACUGGAACCUACGAACUUUUUACCAUUACAGUGUCUUUAUUCACUUCUCUGUGUUUUUUCUUUACAUUCUUAUGGUGCGUGCAUACUGCAUGAUCGCCACUAAAGAAACAUGACGCACAAAGCAAUUGUUCUAACUUUUUUACAAUUCUGUUUAACAUGGACUGGAUCGCAAUCUCAGACGCCAACCAAGGCUUUGUACUAUAAAGACUGCCCUGUGGAUCUGUUUUUUGUCCUGGACACAUCGGAGAGUGUGGCUCUGCGGGUGAAACCUUUCGGCUCCUAUGUGGAUGAGGUGAAGGACUUCACUGUCUCUUUCAUCGAGCAGCUCAAAGCCAGCUAUUACCGCUGCGAUCGCAGUCUCAAGUGGAAUGCAGGCGCCUUGCACUACAGUGAUGAAGUCAAGAUGAUCAAAGAGCUGAGCUCACUGCCAGACCAGAAAGCAGACCUGAACAAGAGAGUGAGAGAUGUGCAGUACAUUGGCAAGGGCACCUACACUGACUGCGCCAUCAAGAGGGGCACAGAGGAACUGCUGAUCGGUGGUUCCCAUCGCCGGGAGAACAAGUACAUGAUUGUAGUGACAGACGGGUACCCUCUGGAGGGUUACAAAGAGCCCUGUGGAGGCCUGGAAGAUGCUGCCAACGAAGCCAAACACCACGGCAUCAAGGUCUUCGCCGUCGCCAUCUCUCCCAGUCACUUGGAAACCAGGCUGAAUGUAAUUGCAACUGACAACAGCUACAGGCAGAAUUUCACUGCGACUGGGAAUAUCCAGCAACAGAAAGACGAGACCAUCCGCAACAUUAUCGACGUCAUCGUCAAAGAAUCAGAGCAAGUGUGCUGUUCCUUUGACUGCCAGCCACCAAGAGGUCCACCAGGAGACCCUGGAACAUCAGGAUUUGGGGGUGAAUCAGGCAGACCGGGCCUGCCCGGGGGGAAGGGAGAAGCAGGAGACCCUGGAAGACUGGGUGACAUUGGACCUAUCGGUUAUCAAGGCAUGAAGGGUGACAAAGGAGGAAGAGGCGAAAAGGGGGACAGAGGCAACAAAGGUUACAAGGGUGAGAAGGGACAGCACGGAAUUGAUGGAAUCGAUGGUAAAAAGGGUGAAGCUGGGUUUCCUGGACUUCCUGGCUGCAAAGGAUCCCCAGGACUUGAUGGUGUGUCGGGAGGCUCCGGACCCAAGGGAGACCCUGGUCCCUAUGGUAUCAAAGGAAGCCGGGGUGAGAAAGGGCGUGAUGGAGAAAGAGGAAGGCCAGGAAACAGCGGAAAUCUCGGAUCCAAGGGGGAGCCGGGGGUGAGAGGAGUGAACGGAGACAAAGGAGAAAGAGGUGACGAGGGUGAGCCAGGCCCUGAUGGACCCAAAGGUGAAAAGGGCAGUCUAGGAGAAAGAGGAGCACCGGGAACACCAGGAGCAAGAGGGCUGCGAGGAGACUUGGGCGAGCCAGGACCACCAGGGGAACCUGGACGAGAAGGGUCCUUCGGACUGAAUGGAGAUCCGGGUGAUGCGGGACCUCCAGGACCAAAAGGCUACAAGGGAGAUGAAGGACCUCCUGGACCGGAGGGGGCUAAAGGACCAAAAGGAACGAAAGGGGCGCCUGGAGAUCCUGGUUUGAUGGGCGAGAGGGGGGAAGACGGGGCUCCAGGAAAUGGAACUGAAGGAUUCCCCGGCUUCCAAGGUUACCCAGGGGCAAGAGGCGAUCCAGGCACUAAUGGCACCAAAGGAUACCCAGGACCAAAGGGAGAUGAUGGGGAGCCUGGGGACCCCGGUGCAGAUAAUGAGGUUUCUGGGCCUCCCGGACCAAAGGGUGCCAAGGGACACCGAGGGAAGGAAGGACCUGGCGGACCAGUUGGACCUCCAGGCCCGCCAGGCGCUGAUGAGUGUGAAAUCCUGGAUAUAAUCAUGCGGAUGUGCUCGUGCUGUGAAUGUAAGUGUGGCCCCCUGGACCUCAUGUUUGUCCUGGACAGUUCAGAGAGUAUCGGCAUGCAGAACUUCCAGCUGUCCAAAGACUUCAUAAUCAAAGUGAUUGACCGACUAGGCAGAGACGAGCGAGUCAAGUUUGAUGAAAAUGAGUCCCGCGUCGGAGUGGUUCAGUACAGCCACAAGCAGACAGAGGAACUUGUUGCCAUGGGCAGCGCAGACAUCAAGUCCAUCCAAGAUUUGAAAGAGGCUGUGAAGAAUCUGAAGUGGAUUGCUGGGGGAACCUUCACUGGGUCAGCACUGAGCUUCUCCAGGACCAAUCUUCUGGAUCGGUUCAGGCUGGAGAAUCGAUUUGCCCUGGUUCUGACAGACGGACGCUCAGACACAUUGCGGGACUCCACCCCCUUGAAUGAGUUGUGUGCGGUCAACACCCAGGUGGUUGCCGUUGGCGUCGGGGACAUUUUCAAGAAGCAACCCAACACGGAGCAGCUUGGACAGAUCGCCUGCUCGCGUGGGAUCAUCCUACAGAGGGACAACUACGCAGAGCUGCUGGAUGACUCCUUCCUGCAGAACUUAACCGCACACCUCUGCAAAGAAAAGAAGUGCCCAGACUACACGUGUCCAAUCUCCUUCACGUCUUCAGCUGACAUCACCAUCCUGAUGGACAGCUCCACCAGCGUUGGGCACCGCAACUUCGAAACCAAGAAGCAGUUUGUAAAGCGGCUAGCGGAGCGCUUCCUCAUGGCAAAGAAGCCCUCCCAGGCGACGGUGCGUGUGUCAGUGGUGCAGUACAGUGGCAGCCAGCAGCAGAGUGUGGAGGUGCCCUUCUCUCGGAACUACACCGAGCUGGCCUCUGGGAUCGAGCAGAUCCAGUUCCUCAACAGUGGCACGGAUGUGACGGCAGCGCUGGACUACGUGACCUCGCAGUACCGGGGUGCUCGGGCCAACACCAAUAAGAAGGUCCUGAUCUUCUCUGAUGGGCGCUCUCAGGGUAUCUCCGAGGAGGUGAUCCAGAAGACCGUGGCAGAGGCUAGGGCAGCAGGCAUCGAGAUCUACGCGCUGGCUGUGGGCAGUCAGGUGAAUGAGGCCAACCUGCGUCUCCUGGUCUCAGAUAGGAAGGGCGCCUACAACGUGGCCUACGGGGCACGCCACCUGUUCAGAGUGUCCGACUACCCCUCUCUGUUGAGAGGGGUCUUCUAUCAAACAGUAUCCAGAAAAAUCUCUCUGAUCAGCUGAGAUGGGGAUCCAUUGCUGGCGGGGGGAGGUAGGUAGAGAGGCCACAGGAUUUUUAACAGAUAUGCAUUUUAACCUGUAUUUGGUGUAGAUGGAGUAAUUAGAACCUGUAGGUUUUUUAUUUUAUUUUAUUCUCUAAAUAAUGUUCAUAUUACUGCAGGCUUAAAGCAAAUGGUUUGUAUGAAUUACCAUGGCGAAUUGUCAUCUAGGGACUCGAUGCAUCCUUUCAGAAACUGAAAGUAGUUGUAUUAGUAAACCCAUUCAGAUACAGUCGCCAUCUGUGCUGGUGAAAGUGGGUGCCUCCUGUAAACUCAUAAUGAUUGCAGAGCAGCUAAUACCUUUUCUGCUUCUUGUGACUUUUGGCAAGGGACAAGAACCAAGAUCAGAUGUGCUGUCAAUGUUCUGUGCAGCAAUGAUGUACAGCAUUACCAUGGCAGGGAAGGCGCUGUAAUUGAUACAAUUCAGGCCUCAGUAUAUAAACUCUGUAUCCCUAUCUCCAAUACACACACUUCCUGCCUGCCCAAGACAUGGAGACAUGUACACUUUUGCAUAUUCAAAAAACAUAUAUUCACGUAGCUUAGUACACAGUAUAAAGAGACAUUUUGUCUACCAAGCCUUUACAUCUGUAAUGCUCCAUAGACAAAAUAACCACUGCUUUACAUUGUUUUUUUUCUUUUUCUCCUAGUUUUUUUUUUUUUUUUUUUUUUAUGGUCUAUUUUGAAUUAAGUGUUUUGUUAAAAGAAGUCAAAGUCCAAUUCCACAUCUGUACUUGUUCGGUCACACAGCCCCCUUGCUGAGAUUCACAGUCUUUUAAAUGCAAAUGUGAAAACAAGAAGAGAAAAAUUUGGGAUGGAGUGAAUUUUCAAAGUAAAAUUAAAUAAACGACACUGGUGGACAAAUGCGCCUUUUCCAUGUCAGACUAAAAAUCAUUCAAUCUAGAUAAGAGAACUACAUUCUAAAAUGGUUUAUUAAAUAUCAAACUGUGUUUAAUCCACCUGUAGAGCACUAGAGAAUCUUACAUCACUAGGGAAAUCGCCCUGGAUUACAUCAACAACCUACUGCAUUUUAGGGGUAAUCCUGGGUAACCAUGGAUAGGUGAUUGAUGCAGUCCAGUGCUGUAAAAUGUUCUAUUGCUGUAGCUUAUCCCCUGGGUAUAGGUUGAUCAAAUCGACCAGUAAGAUAACAAAUAACUGGCUGAAGUUUCAAUGUAGGAAGAUUGAUACUGUUAACAAGGGUAACAAGUAUAGAAGACCCUUUAAGUGCUGUGUCUUUAUAAUAAUACAUGAUUUACAAUACAAUGUAUUUUUAGUCUGUUUAUUCAUUAAAUAUAAGUUUGCAUGCAUGAAACAGUUCUGGAUUAUUGUCAAAGAAACGAGCAACAGUCCAUGCUUUCUGAAGUGUUGCCUGUAUGUUUCUGUAACUGGUCUUGUGCGAAGACACUUACCACUUACCAAGACUUUACUGUUUAACUACAGGUUCAGUUACACUGAAAAAAAAAGAAUACCCUUGAAGCUUGUCGGACAUAUCAAGUGUAAAUACUUCCUUGGUGCUAUUAGCAAAUUGACUUGUGUUUUAUUAUUUUAUUAGCUUUUAAUAAUUAAGAGUUUUAAAAAAAGAAUUAAAAAAUAUGCAUUCCAUCUGCCUUGUAACCAUUGCCAUUUGCAUCUCCUUUCUCAUUUUGUAAAGAUGAAAGUCCACAAACCAAUUAAAUAAAAGUAAUUUCACUAAA